AUGACUUAGGAUGAGUUUUUAAAUGAAUACAUAUCAAAGAAUCAUCGAAUUAGCGAGGGAUAUGCAUAUGCUAUACAAGCAAGCUGGUACAGAUAAUUUGAGAGAUUCCUAUAAAAUCCAUCUGGUGUGGAUGUUACGAGAUUUAAUAAAAUUUAAAAUAGUCAAAUAGCAGAAGGGACCAUCGAUAUGUCAGUCUCAUUAAAAUAAUAUUCUCUACCUCCCUAUUAGCAAAUAAAUUAUUCGCAUGUUUAUGGAUUGAAACCUGAUGCUAAAUUCCAAACUGAUUUCUACAUAGUUUCAAUCGACGUGUGGCACUUCUUUAAACUCUAUUAUGGUUCAGAUUAUGAUGUAAUUGUUUUUGUUACACAGCAGCAUCCUCAAAUGAACAACUAUUUAAUUUGCGAUAACUUCGAGGAAGGAUUGUGUAUUUGCAGAGAAAUCAUAAACGUUCUCUUUGUAAUUGUAUUUCCAAGAAACAUCUCUGUAAUGCAAGCCAUCUUAACACCAAUAAGUCCUUGGAUGGAUUUAAUCAAAUUUCGUGCGUUUCUGUUUGCCAUGCACAAUUUUGGAAUCGAUGCCAUCAAAUUUAUUAAUGAAGGCUUCAUUUAUUUUAACAACAAAAAAGUGCCCUUCAAAGGAAAUCGAAAACUUUAUGACAUUGGCAUAAACAAGGAUAUCCAAAUUGUUAUGGCAUGUCAAAACUUGUUAAUGUAAGACAUAGAGGAGGAGAUUGAAACUGACGGAGAAGAGCAAAAAUUGGAAUAAAAUUUACAUAACAAACAAGAAUUCUUAGAAAUAUUAGAAAAAACUCUAAAUGAACAGUCCGUCAUUCAAUUGCAUAUAAAAUCAAUUGAAGAAAUUCAAUAAUCUAUAGAUCAAAAUGACUUCUUUUAAGUUUGA